AUGUCUUAUUUAGGUACAUCUUCUGGACCCACCACGGCCACCGCGGCCACAGGAAAGGAGCUACUCAAUGAUGUGACUGUGAACAAUCCACCAGAGGAUUCUGUGAGCGAUUUAUCUUUUUCUCCUACACAAGAUAUGUUGGCAGUUGCAAGUUGGGACAAGAAGGUUCGAAUUUACGACAUUGAUCCCUAUAGUGGAAAUAAUCAAGGAAAAGCAAUGUUUGAGCAUGAAGCUCCAGUAUUUUCCGCGCAGUGGUCAAUUGAUGGAACCAGAGUCAUAAGUGGUGGUGCUGAUAAGCAGGUGAAACUCUUUGAUUUGGCCAGUCAACAAGCCCAGCAAAUAGGUGUUCAUGAUGCUCCAGUUAGCUCCGUAAGGUACGUCGAGUGUGGGCCAACUAACGCACAGGUUGUGGUGAGUGGCUCGUGGGAUAAGACUUUGAAAUACUGGGAUAUGAGAGCUCCUCAGCCGGUGUCCACCAUCACUCUUCCUGAGAGAGUAUACUCGAUGGAUACUACGCAAAAACUCUUGGUAGCAGGCUGCGCAGACCGUCACAUCUGUAUUGUUGACCUUAAUAAUCCACAGCAGCUUUUCAAGACGUAUCCAUCUCCAUUGAAAUGGCAGACCAGAAUUAUCAAGUGCUUUCCACAAGCUGAUGGUUUUGCCAUUGGUUCGCUCGAAGGAAGGUGUGCCAUCCAAUACAUAGACGAGGCCAAACAAAAGGAGCUUGGAUUCGUAUUCAAGUGUCAAAGAAAAGUUACCAACCCGCCCGGAACCCUUGGGCUGCGCACCAACAGUAACAGUGAAUCCGAUAUCUAUGCUGUCAACGCCGUUCAGUUCCAUCCUAUUUAUGGUACAUUUUCUACAGCCGGAAGCGAUGGUACUUUCAGUUUCUGGGACAAAGAUGCCCACCAAAAAUUGAAAUCAUUCCCCAAUGUGAACGGUACCAUUUCAUGCACCGGGUUUAACCGAAACGGCUCAAUCUUUGCUUAUGCUGUGAGUUACGACUGGUCCCAGGGACAUAUGGGAAACCGUCCGGAUUACCCUAUUACAAUUAAAUUACAUCCAGUCAAGGACGAAGAGAUCAAGCAAAAGAAGAAGAAGUAG